UGUUUGGGCCAAAACUACGCUUGUAAGUGAAAGGAAAUCAUGGUUUGAGCAUCUGACUCAAUUUUUACACUUAUAAGUCCCCAAUUAAGCUAGGAAUCCUGAUGAGAGUCCUGGGUAGAUGUGGAAGAGUUGGUUUAAGUACUUUUAGGAUGAAUUUAGUUCACUCUUUUGGGAAAGUAAGGAUGUGAACAAUUACCAUGUCCAGAAAAGAACAGAGCCAACUGGGUGAAGUCGCUGGCAAGAAGGAGGUCAAUAGAGUUUAUGAUAGAGGCUGGGCUGAACAUCCAGAGCUUGCUGUCAAUAAUGUUCAUAAAUUGACAGAGGUUGAAAUGAUGAAGCUGCUCAGGAAGGUAGUGAUACUUCCAGAGAAGAAGCUCAAGCAAGUGCUCAAGAGUCAGAACAAGGAAGAUCCAGUCCUUACUAAUAAUCUUAUUGAAAGAAUUCCUCAUUAUUUGACAGACAGUCUAGUCCAGAUUGUUAAGGUAUGUGGUAAAAAUCAUGAAAUCAUGAAAAAGAGUCAGAUCUGGGACCACCUAGAGCUAGAAUUUCUUAAGAGAUCUAGCAAGCUCAACAACCAGCAGCUGGUAGACGUCCUGUUUGCCUUUGCAUGUGCAGGGAAGGGAUCUAAGAAGUUCUUCAACGAAAUGGGAGUGGUGGUAGUCACUUCACCCAUAGAAUUCGAGGAAAACCAUCUUUAUAAGUUCCUUAAAUCCUUUUCACAGGUUAAUUAUGGAUCACCUAGGGUGUACAAGUAUCUAUCAAAGAAACUGAUAGAGUUCAAGCACUACUUGACCAUCACCAGGAUGGCUGAAAUCUGUGCUGAAUUUUCAAAGGCCACUAACUCUGAAGAAGGAGGAUUUGGGUUUUACGAAUUUGUCGAAAAUGAAGUCAAGCAGAGUAUCUACCACAAUAGACUACAGUUCUCUGAAGGAGCUAAGAUCUGUGAGAACCUCUUCAAGCAUAAUAUUGGCAGCACUGAGUUUCAAACACAAUUGGAAGAGCAUUUGUCUGAGAAAAUAGAACACGAGAAGAUUCCAGAACUGCUCAACAUCUCAAGAGCACUUUAUGAUCCUAAAUAUAUUGUCAAGCAUUCGAAACUGAAUGAGGAUCUGUGCACAGCUCUUACUCUCAACAUAGAUGAGCUGAGUAUCAGACAACUUGAGUUUCUCUUCUGGAGUGUGACUAGAGAUCAUAAGUUAUACAAUGGGAUUAAGGCUGACAAUAAUUAUUCAAAAAUGCUGACCAAGGCACUAUUCAACAGUAUUUACAAGCGUUCAGUGAGUUUGAAGUCACGAGGUCUAAAAUACGUGGUUAACGGAAUCCACCAAGCUUUCCCUGACCUAGAGUUUAUGGAUGAGCUCGGCCUGAACUGUACCAAAGAACAGCUAUAUGACAGGUUCGAAAAGGUGGCAAUGACAAAGCUUCAGGACUUCACCAACCAUGACAUGCUAAAUGUGUUAGAAUCCUUCCUAAAGCUAGGUGUUGGCUCUGAUAACUUCUAUGAACGGAUAUUCUCCAGGCUGAUUGAUAGAAGAAAGGAGUUGAGACCACGAGAAUUCAUUAGGCUUUUUGAGACUCUCCCUAAAGUGCAGCAUAUUUACGAAAAUACAGUGAAUGAUGAACUCUGGAGUGACUACUUUAGUUCUGUGGGACAACCAGUCAGGGAAAACUCUCUUCCUAUCAGUGACUUGCUCAGUAUAUUAAAAACAUACGUAAGCCUGUACAACAUGCGAGGAGACCAUAAACUAUUCGAGAUGGUAUUGGGCCAGAUCAGAGCAGGGGUGUACCAAAUUCCAGCUGAAAAAUUUUCCGAAACUAUGACAUACUUAACCGAAGCUCAUGUUGCCUCUAUUGCAGAGAAGUUCCUUCCUAUUCUAGAGCAAGUCAAGGAGACUGAGCAGCUGCUAGAGAUUUUCAAUACUGAUCAUGACAGAAUUCGUCUAAUCUGGUCUUUACUGGUACUUGACAAGGCUAGUGAGAUAAUCCCUACAGAAGUAAUGAAGGAGAUGGUCAAUGGUAUAAGGUUGGAUAGCUUGGAGGCUUUCCACUUCAAACUCCUCAUGCAGAUACUGAACCUGGCUCUCUCACAUGAGGAAUAUGUAGAUGUAAUUGAUUAUACCUCUUUUUAUUCCCAGUUGAAUAACUUGGAUGAUCACUAUAAGGAGUAUAUUCUGAACCACGAACUUGCAUCCCAAUCAGGAGCUGAUGCUGAGUCUGAAUUACAAGAAACAGUAAAAGCUGUUAUUGCAGAACACCAAAACUCACAUAAAAUGCAAGGAUUUACUUAUGAAAUCUACACAAAUUUCAUGGACGACUUCUUGAAUUGUUUCGAAGUUGUAGUCUUCAAGCUAGACUCUGAUGGAAAUGUAACUGAGAAGAUAGCAAUUAUACCACCUAUUCCUUCUGACAAUAAAGGACAACAUUUGAAAAAGAGUGAAUUCAUUAAGCAAAAGAUUAUGAAAGAUAUAAUAAAAAUCGGAAUUAUUACAUUUAAAAUGAAUUGAGAGGCUUUGUUAAUUAGAGCUCUCUUUCAAAGUUCCUCGAAAGAGGAUCUUUCAGCUAUAAAAAGCUCUAAUCCCAAAUCCCUCCAUGUCUACAACUGGCAUAUAAUGACUCCUUCUGAGCUAGCAUCUCAUUUGGCCUAAAUCUACUUAAAGGAUCGCAAAAACCCACCAAAAUAACAAAUUUUGCGAAAAAUAGUUCAA